AUGUUGAGCAAAAGAAUAAUACGCUCGAAUGUCUCCUCAUCUACUCGUAGAACGCUAUUGCAUCGUGCUUUUGCUACUGCUGGAGAUGAUGUAUCGAAAGCCAUUGAUGGUGUACCCAUGAACCGAUACAGUGCCAUCGUUACGCAACCAAAAGCACGUGGUGCCUCGCAAGCGAUGUUGUAUGCUACUGGUAUGACUGAGGAAGAUAUGGACAAGCCUCAAGUAGGUAUUGCUUCUAUGUGGUGGGAAGGUAAUCCAUGCAAUAUGCACUUACUGGAUCUAGCCAGUGAAGUGAAGAAAGGAGUAAAUGCUGCAGGUCUUGUAGGUCUUCGGUUCAAUACUAUCGGUGUAAGUGAUGGUAUCAGUAUGGGCACAGACGGUAUGAGCUACAGUCUGCAGUCACGUGAUUUAAUUGCUGACUCAAUUGAGACAGUCAUGGGUGGUCAAUGGUAUGAUGGUAAUAUUUGCAUCCCUGGUUGUGACAAGAACAUGCCCGGGUGUGUGAUUGCCAUGGCUCGUGUAAAUCGACCAUCGCUGAUGGUCUACGGUGGUACUAUUCGUGCUGGUUGCAGCUCCAAGGGUGAGACGCUGGAUGUUGUAUCGGCCUUUCAGGCGUACGGGGAAUACAUUGCCGGACGGAUCACAGAGGAAGAACGACAUGACAUUAUUCGUCAUGCUUGUCCUGGUGCUGGUGCUUGUGGUGGCAUGUACACGGCCAAUACAAUGGCAACGGCUAUUGAGACGCUAGGUCUGAGUCUGCCAUUCUCAUCCAGUUUCCCUGCUGAUUCGAUUGAAAAGAAGAACGAGUGCCUCAGUGCCGGUGAGGCGAUGAAAGUGUUGCUUGAGAAGAACAUCAAGCCGCUUGAUAUUCUAAGUCGUGAGGCUUUUGAAAAUGCCAUUACAGUGACCAUGGCCUUGGGUGGGUCUACCAACGCCGUGCUGCAUUUGAUCGCAAUCGCGCGUGCUGCAAACAUUCCGCUUGAUAUUAACGAGUUUGAAAAGAUCAGUGAGCGUGUACCUUUCCUAGCUGAUCUUAAACCUAGCGGCAAGUAUGUGAUGGAGGAUAUUCACCGCGUUGGUGGCACUCCCGCCGUUCUUAAGUAUCUGAUGAACCAGGGCUUCAUAAACGGUGACUGUCUCACUGUGACGGGCAAGACGCUGGGCGAAAAUCUCGCGGAUGUGGCUGACCUAUCGGAUAACCACGAAAUUAUCCACCCAGUGGAUCGCCCGCUCAAGUCCAGUGGCCAUUUGCGUAUUCUGCGCGGUGAUCUGGCUCCAGAGGGCUCGGUGGCGAAGAUUACCGGCAAGGAGGGUCUUGUCUUUACGGGCACGGCGAAGGUGUAUGACUGUGAGGAAGACAUGAUGGUUGGCUUGGAGAACAAUGAGAUCACGAAGGGAAGCGUCGUUAUUAUCCGAUACGAAGGCCCAAAGGGCGGCCCUGGCAUGCCUGAAAUGCUUGCGCCUACUUCUGCGAUUAUGGGAGCUGGUCUGGGCAAGGAUGUCGCCAUGCUCACUGACGGCCGCUUCUCAGGUGGCUCGCACGGUUUCAUCAUUGGUCACAUCACCCCUGAGGCUCAGGUUGGUGGCCCGCUUGCACUCGUGAAGAACGGUGACAAGAUCAUGGUUGACGCUGAGAAGAAUCGCAUUGAUUUUAUUGACGUGUCUGCGGACGAGUUGGCGCAGCGCAAGAAAGAGUGGGUAGCUCCUCCGCUCAAGGCCACUCGUGGUACGCUGUACAAGUUCAUAAAGAACGUGAAGUCUGCUUCGGAAGGCUGCGUCACAGACGAGUAA